AUGUCCGUGAACUUUGAUCUAACCUCCAAGGAAACUCUCGAAUAUGAGCAGAAAUUCUCUGCUCCUAACUACCACCCUAUUCCUGUGGUAUUUCAUAAAGCAGCAGGUGCUCACGUUUGGGAUCCUGAAGGAAAAGAGUAUCUAGAUUUCUUAUCUGCAUAUUCAGCUGUUAACCAAGGUCACUGUAACCCUGAGAUUGUUAAAGCACUUGUAGAUCAAGCUUCUACUUUGACAUUGUCUUCUAGGGCGUUCUAUAACGAUACUUUUGCUGCUUUUGCAAAAUAUGUUACUGAGUACUUCAAUUAUGAGAUGGUUUUGCCUAUGAAUACUGGUGCGGAGGCUGUUGAGACGGCUUUGAAGCUAGCUAGAAGAUGGGGUUAUAUGAAGAAGGGAAUUCCAGCUGGCGAAGCUGUUAUUUUGGGAGCCGAGGGUAACUUCCACGGUCGUACUUUUGGUGCUAUUUCGCUAUCUAACGAUGAAACCUCCACACGUAAGCACUUCGGUCCAUUUUUAAAUAACGUUACUGCCCAGAUGCCUGGUGGAACUGAAGGUCAAUUGGUCCGCUAUGGUGUUUUGGAGGACAUGGAACGCGCCUUCGAGGCUGUAGGCGAGAAGCUAGCAGCUGUGAUCUUGGAACCUAUUCAAGGUGAGGCUGGUAUUGUUGUUCCUCCGGAAGGCUACUUGGCUGGUGUUCAAGCGCUAUGCCGCAAGCACAAUGUCUUGUUCAUCUGUGACGAGAUCCAAACUGGAAUCGGUCGUACCGGUAAGAUGUUAUGUUACGAGCACUCUGAAGGCGUGAAGCCAGACAUUGUUCUGCUAGGUAAGGCUCUCUCUGGCGGUAUCCUACCAGCUUCCUGUGUUAUGUCUUCAAAGGAGAUCAUGUCUUGUUUCGAACCCGGUUCCCACGGUUCCACAUACGGUGGUAACCCAUUGGCCUCUCGCGUCGCCGUUGCUGCCCUAGAAGUUGUCAGAAAGGAAAACUUGGUCGAGCGUUCCAGAGUCUUGGGAGCUAAGUUGCAGGAAGAGCUCAGAAAGAUGCAGGAAGAAUUCGGAGGUAUCAUCUCCGAAGUUCGCGGUAAGGGUCUACUAACUGCUAUUGUGAUUGAUGAUACUAAGGCCAAUGGCAGAACUGCUUGGGAGCUUUGCUUGCUAAUGAAAGAAAAGGGAGUCUUGGCUAAGCCAACUCAUGAACAUAUCAUUCGUCUUGCUCCACCAUUAGUCAUUUCCGAGGAGGAUUUGGAUAGGGGUAUUGCAAUUAUCAGAGAAUCGUUAUCUGAGUUGCCAAAUGUCGAGAUGGCCGCGCACUAA